AUGGAUGCACCAGACCUCAUACAGAAGGUCAAACCACAGGCACCAAGAUCCAAACCAGGCUUCCCCCAGAUGGGAGUUUUUCGCUCCACAGUCGCGUCAACAGUCGCGUCCACAGGGAGUCCUCUGAAGAUUCGGGACGUUGAACAUGGAAACAACGAUACAGACCACCCUAUGCUGAAUCCUGUGAAUGUGCGAAAGAGACCAAAUGCUUCAGCUCGAAAGGACGAAUGGGAAGACAGCAGUGGCGCGGAAGGAGACAAGCAUCAAUCUGGAAUUUCUAACAGCCCCCCGAACAAAGGGAGGGUCAUUAACAAAACACCUCGAUUCAACAAAAUCUCCAAACCAACGGGUGAAGAAGUCAAAGAGUUGUCUCAGUCAAGAAGCGCCGUAGAUUGGCGAAACCGCAAAGAAGUCGAAGAAGCUUACAGAAAGAAAGUCUGCGCAAUGAUUGACGAUGACAUCCUGGACCAAGUCAACGCAGAAGGAGGCAUCACCCCAAUCGGAAGAAUGUACAAGGCUGUCUGUUGGAUGCUGGAGCGACAAAAUGUUGACAAUGCACAUGUUACAAACGAGGCAGGUCAAGAGGACAUCACAACCUUGAGGGCUGAAAAUGAAGCAAUGAGGAAGGCGAUCGAUAGAGCCAUGCAACUGCUGGAGUCCGCAUGA